UAGAGUAAUCACGAAACAACGGUAGCGAAUUAGUUUAUUUUUUUUUUUUGUAAAUAUUUUUUUAUUUAAACGUUUAUAAUUAUAAAUCAUGAAAAAAGUCUGUACCUAAAAGAAAAUCCAGUACCGAAGAUUAGUGACGGGCGUAUUGCCAACAAUAUUACAUGUGCGAUCAUGGGAAAUUGAUGACAUUCGUUUGUCAACCCGGCACUGUUUGGAAUCAAGAGGAAUUGGUAUGCGAUUGGCCUUCCCGAACUACCCAGUCAAAUUGCAUAGAAGUUUAAUUUAUAAAAUAUAGCAUUCGGAUAUAGAUAAUAUACAAGAAAAUUAUAUGUUAACAAAAAUGUAACAAUAGUAAAUUUACAUUAAAAGGAAGUUACAUUGUCCGCAGUAACAUGUGUUUUACUUUUGUCACCUCUAAACUUCCCGUCUUAUAUAUAACUAACUCCGUUCAGCGUGUACACGUCUUAGUUGAAUGGUAGCAAUCGACGAUGAAAGAAUUAAUAUUACUCGUUCUUUUUUCGCUGGCCUCUGCAGCAUGGGCUGCGGGCCUCGAAUCAAUUCCUUUUGGAUUUUACGAGGAGCUCAAGAACAUCGAGCACGACCAAUGUAGCAAAGACGUGAAAAUUAUGUUGGACGGAGUGAAAAAUCUAGACAAAUGGGCAUUGGAAAUGAUAGAUUCAUCGGCGAAGAUGCCAUCAGGAAUACUAAGAGGCAAUUUGAAUCAAUAUGGCGAUUUCGACGAGUGUAUCAACGUAAUCGACAAUAAUGGAAUAUCGGGACAAUACUGUUUGAUCGCGAUCCAAUUAAAAAAUCCCGUUUUCAGUAACUAUAUCAGUGCUUAUCACCAAGUGAAAAAUAAUUUGACCGACCCUGGCCAUCGUUUACCAAAGUUUUCUACAGUAUACUGGGGAAUUUGUGUGCCGUCCUCUUGCGAUCCAAGUGACGUGGCCUCUGCUGCAAAUUCGACUGCUCUAAAGUUCCAACACGUCGAAGUUCUCGUUGAAAACGACAUGUGCCAGGUGAAACGCAUACCGAAAAAAUCAACAGAUUUCGAUUGGGUACGGUUUUGUGUGGCAAUUUUCAUUUUAAUGAUGUCAAUGUUUGGACAAGGAGCAAUAUGCACCCCCGACGAACUCGAUCCUGACGUGGAACGAACUGCACCCCUUAUGCUUCGAAUAUCGCGUGUACUAAGGAAAUCGUUUGCAAUCAGGCCGAACUUUAAAUCUCUAUUUAUUUCCCCUACUAGAGACGGGUUCAAGAGCAUACAAGGUAUUCGAGCUCUCAACAUGAUUGCUUUGCUAUUGUGUCACAUGGUCAUGGCCAAAAUGUUUUUGCCAUACUUAAAUAAAACCGAAAUGUCCGAAAAUAUGUCAAAACCAUGGCUCAUCACAGGAAGAGUGGCUUAUUUAUACACGGAUUCUUUUUUGGUCAUUAGUGGUUUAUUGGCAGCAUAUACAUUAAGUAAAUUUUCACCGGUCAAGAGUAUUAUUUCACGUUAUAUACGAUUGACUGCAACUCUAGUAACUGUAAUGAUUAUUUGUGCUAAAUACUUACCCCAAAUGAGUUAUGGGCCUAUGUGGAAUAUGGUCAUCACACGACAUUCUGACCUUUGUUACAAGAACUGGUGGAGAAACUUACUGUAUAUUCAAAACUUAUUUGGUUUUAAAAAUAUGUGUUUAACGCACACUCAUCAACUUGCUAUAGACUUUCAAUUGUUCAUUAUGGCUAUCCCAUUAAUGUAUUUAUUAAGAAAAAGUAAAGCUGUUGCGCUGUUCGUUAUCGCUGCAAUUAUGUCCGCAUCAACAAUACUACGUUAUCAAGCAGUCAAAAAUAAUGAUUUGGCCACGGUUGUUUAUUUUGGAUCAAACAUUUCACAAUUGAAUCGUACUUUUGAUUUAACAUACACUUUACCGACACACCGAGCAACCGUUUAUCUAAUGGGCUUUUUGGUUGGCUAUUGGAUGCAGCAACGCGGUCGUUUAAAUAUUUCCAGUGCACAAGUGAAGAAGGCAUGGCUCGUAGCGACUGCUUGUGGACUGUUAGCGGUGUUUGGGCCAUAUCAGCUGUCUAACAUGAACUAUGUUUACAAUAAUAUUCACCUAGCGAUUUUUAAUGCAGCCGCACCCAUCUUAUGGUCUGUUUUCAUACUGUGGUGCAUCAUUGCCACCGACAAUGGUAACGGAGGUUGGUUUGGAAGACUAUUGUGUUGUAAACCUUUUACGAUGCUAUCAAAAAUAUCUUAUGCCGUUUACCUGGUACAGUAUCCUGUGUUCUUCUAUUACGUUGGAUCGACCAGAGGUCCGUCCUUACACACUACAGCUACAAUGUUCGACGUUGGUCAAAUGAUACUGAUUGCUGGUUUAUCAGUUUUUCUGACGUUAGCCAUCGAUAUCCCAUUCCAAAAAAUUGGCAAACACGUGACGGAAAGUGGAUCAAACGACAAAGUUAAAUCAUUAUAAACUGUUCACUUAUAGUAAAGUUUAUAUUUUAAUACUAA